CUACCCUCGUCAAGGACCUUACCAUUUUGCAAUUGCCCCAGAGGAAGAAAACCCAUAGUGUUCCUUACUCAUACGAUGCGCGCCUCAUCGCCGCUGUACCCGCUCGACGCUACCGCUUCUUCCUCUGCUCCCUCCUGUACAUCCACCAAGGCCCCCACAACCUCCACCUUCUUGCCGUCCAUGCGUCGCACUCCGAGCUGCGAGUGGCGCGAGUGGGAGGUGACACUCGACAGCUUCAGCGCCGUCUCAGGCGAUCUCAUGGGCGUGGACGCUGCCAUGGACGUGGAUCUGGACCAGUUCCUAUUGGACGAUUUCCUCGAACCUUUCGCGGGUCCCAAUGCCACGCCGGACUCGCCCAUCUUUGCGGCCGACCACGAUUUUCUCAAUGAGCAGGAGCAAGACCUUCACAUGUUACAGGCUGCGGGCUUCGACGCUAAUUGCGGUAGCGGUAGCAAUGGCGCCGAGCUGCAGAGUCUGAUGGAGUGUAAACUGGAGCCGCAGCCACCGCCUACGACUACAGACUCGACCCAUCGCCAUCGUAAACGGAAGACGGCGGAGCUCCACAGACUUCGAGCGGAGAAGAAGGUGAAGCGACAGGAAGCACUCAACGCUGUUAUCAAGAGUGACGAACAGGCAGAGAAGGUGUACAGACGGAGGUAUGAUAUUCUCCAUGGGAUCCUGGAGGCAUGGAACACUGGAGUCAUCGAGGACUUGGAGGAGAUUGCAGACAACGUGUACGACGACGACGUGACACUCUUCAGUCCCAAUUACUCGGAAGGUUUACACGGUGUAGAAGCUGUGAUGUCACACUGGAACUUACUACUGGACGCAUUCCCCGAUGGAAUUAUGGAGGAAUAUAUUAUCCAACGUGAUGAAGGCAAUAGCGAGAAGAUGAAGGCCACUUGGACUUUCAGCGGCACUCAGAUCUACCCGAUCUUUGGCGUUCAGCCGCUCCACAGGAAGGUCUGCAUCAGUGGCAAGUCGUGCUUCACCUUCAAGGGCGACCGGAUCCAGCAAAUGGAAUUGUCAUGGAACAAUCGGGAGACGCUGCUCAAGCUCAUGGGUAUGCAGCCAGACAGUGUCGUACUGAGUGCAUCUACAGCCUCUGGGCCAAUGAUACUACCUGGUGUCGUACGAUCAUGAUGGAAUAGGCUCCAGCUAUCGACACUCGCUCGUGACCUCGAAAGAAAGCAGCCGAGUAGUCAGACAACUAACCAAUAAUUAUCUAUCGCCUUUAUGGUGGGCAUUGCACCGGCAAAUUAACUGAAAGCUUCAUAUUUUAGCUUGCUGGA